AUGGAAAAUUCAUCUAGUGAAAUUGUGUUUGUGCUCAGUGGAUUGAACGAGACAAAGACAACCAAGCAGGUUUAUUUUGCAUUCGCUCUUCUUGCCUACAUUUUUACCUUGUUUGUAAACGUGACUCUUGUUUUGGCAAUUUUUUUCGAAAGAAUUCUCCAUGAGCCCAUGUACAUCUUCCUGUGUAAUCUCUGUGUUAAUGGCAUUUUUGGCGCUACUGGUUUCUACCCCAAGAUUCUUAUUGACCUCUUAUCUGACUCUCACAUUAUUUCAUACAGGGCAUGUUUGACUCAGAUUUACAUGAUCUACAAUUAUGUUUUCUGUGAAUUUGUAAAUCUGGCAGUGAUGGCUUAUGACAGGUAUGUCGCAAUAUGUAAACCAUUGGAGUAUCACUCCAUCAUGACGCCUUGGAAGGUUGGAAAAUUACUGCUGGUGAUUUGGCUUAUCCCGUUUUGUGAGACAUCAGUCGGCAUGAUCAUGACAGCUAGACUAACGCUCUGCGGAUCAAGGAUUGAUAAGCUCUACUGUACCAACUGGGAGGUGGUGAAGCUCUCCUGUAGAGACACUACACUGAAUAAUUUAUACGGCUAUAUUCUUAUGUUUAUGCAUGUUUUUCAAGCAUUUUUAUUGAUCUUAAUCUCUUACAUCCAAAUCAUCAGGACGUGUCUGAGAUCCCGAGCAGAAAGGAGUAAAUUCAUGGAGACCUGCCUGCCGCACCUCAUCACCUUAAUUAAUUUCACUCUUUCCUUCACUUUUGACGUUAUGUAUGCACGCUACGGGUCUCAGGGCUCUCUCCAGUCUCUCCGUAAUAUUCUCACUGUAGAGUAUCUGGUCGUUCCUCCUCUCCUGAACCCCCUCAUCUAUGGCCUGAAGCUGAAGCAGAUUCGUAGGAGUAUAUGGAGAAGGUUUCAAGCCAAAAACUGUCACGCUAAAGUAAAGCCAAAAAUAAGUAAAAACAUUUUAGCUCACUAA